GGAUCACAGUACAACUAUUCAAAGCGCUCAGAACUCCUGUUCUCAGAGGGUUUUCUACUGAACUUUUAAUGUGUUUGACAAGAUUUAAGGAACUGUCAGGAUGAAUGAACCAUACCAAACUCCAUGUGGAGUACAGAUGGAUACUUUUCAAAAUGAAUUGUUAGUAAUUGGACAGGAUUAAUCAAUAAGUAAGGUUUGAUAUGCCACUCCAAGAAAUACAAGCCACAGUUUCUUCUAUAGACAGAGAAAGCUGUAUUAUUUCUAAGUAUCCAAUAAUGUCAAGAAAUGGCAUAAUAUAUUUAUGCAAUGCUUAAUCCUGAAAACAAGACAAUGAGAUUUACAAAGCAAAACUUUGCUAUGGUGGUUCUUGGAAUAGUGACUUACAUCGCUGACAUUGGAGCAGAUCUUUGGAUAGCAAGAAACUAUUUCUGCAAGGGACAGUAUCUCUGGUGUUCCUUAACAUUGACCAUAGUACUUCUUUCAUCAUUGGUGGUCCAGUUUUUCAGUUAUACUUGGUUUAAAGAAGACAAUGAAGUGAAGCUGAAUUGGAUUUGUCUAUUACAUUUCUUUCAUGGUGGAAUGUUUACAAGGUAUUGGAUUGCAUUGAAAUAUGGUUACCAAGCUGCAUUUAAGCAAAUCAGUUUAGAAGACCGAUUGAUAGAUGACCUCUCCAGCAUCAUUCAUAAAACAGCCAUUGAUGCAAUAGCUGAUAUAAGUAUGCUCCGGCUAUUUAAGACGUUCCUGGAAAGCACUCCCCAGCUUAUUCUUCAGAUCUACAUCCUAAUGACAUCUAACAGUUCUGCCAUCAGUCAGUACUUCUCCAUUGUCAUGUCUUUCAGCAGUGUUACCUGUUCAACUGUGGACUACCAGAUAGCUUUACGAAAAUCCUUACCGGAUAAAAAUAAAUUUACUAGGUUAUCUUCCAAAAUAACUUACCUUUUGUAUAAAUUGUUGACUUUAACAUCUUGGAUACUAAGCAUCACGCUAGUCAUGGUUCUGAGCACCAAAAUUGCUUUCAUUCUAGUUGCUCUGUUUUGGUUUGGUGGUAUAUGUUGGACGCUGAAGCAACACACUGAAUUUUGCAAAUCUACUGCAGCAGAAGUUGUAUAUCGGACUGUAGUGAGCAUCAUUCUUAUUUUUACCUUUUUCAAUAUAAAAGGAGAAAAAACAAAAAUUCCCCUUUCUGUUUAUUAUGUCAUUCGAAUACUUGCAACUUCAGCUAUAUUAUGUACUUGUAUGAUCCAGAAAUUAUCCUUCAAUGGGAAAAUACAUUUGUUAUCUAUGACCAUGGUAGUUGCUUUCACUUUAGUAUUAGGCAUUUGUUCUCUUCUUGUUUAUUACAAGUUUUUUCAUCCAAAUAAUAAUUGCACACAAGAUGUAGUAGAUGGAGCAGAAACUGAAAGAGAAAAAAUAUGUAGAAUAAGCAAGUGCACAAUGCAGUGAACUUAAUAAACAUAUUUAUAGUUCUUU